AUGACGCUUGCCUCCGCUUCCCCCUCUCUUCCUUCUUGCUCGGCCUCAGAUUGCGGCCUUGGCGCCGCGGUGGAUCUCGCUGAGCCUCCAGCUCUGUCGAAAGCGCGAGAAGCCUUGCAGGCUGCUCUCCGCUUUUCUCUGCUGCAUGUCGACGGCCGCGCGCGAUGCAGCAUCGUGCACCUGCCGCACGGCGAUGUGCGUACACCGAUCUUUAUGCCGGUGGGGACUUACGGAACCCUCAAGGGGCUGAAUUCUCGCCUUCUUCACAUCCUCCAUGACGAGACGCUUCACGCGGAGAGGAAGGCGGAGGAGCGACAGUGUGGAAGUGGAACACCCGCGCGUGGAGACGCAGGAGACGCGGCGCGUGCGGCCGAUCCCGCGCAGGAAGCCUCAGAUCAAACGCGACUGCGCGCGGAUCUCGAGGGCCCCGAAAGCGGCGCUACCCGAAUGCCGGUCGCCUCUUGUCUUUCUUCCGCCUUUCCGUCUUCGCCGCUCUCGGGAAGCAGUCGGUCGUCUUACGCGACGCACGAACGCCUUCGGACUCCUCCCUCUGGCCACUCCUUUCCGCCUGUCUUCUCUUCCCACUCUUUUUCUCCUCUCGCGAGCACACCUCAGAAGGGGGAACAGGAAGGCCUCUCGGGAGAUUUUGCUUCGGAGGGCGUAGAAUCUCGGUUGGGAAACGGGGAAGAAGGCGACUCGACGUCUUUGGCGUCACCCGCGCGUCGGCCGCCUGCCUCCUUCUCGCCGAUUAUCUUGGGGAACACAUUUCACCUGUACAGACACCUGGGCCUCGAGCGCAUGGAGGCAGCCGGCGGGCUACACGACUUCAUGGGAUGGGGAGGCAAUCUGCUCACAGACAGCGGCGGCUUCCAGAUGGUUUCCCUCCUGAAAAUCAUCGCUGUUCGCGAAGAAGGCGUCGCCUUUGCCGCCUCCUCCCUCGACACCAAACGCGAAGGCAAAAGGCAACAAAGAAAGCGAUUUGCCGCCGACACAGAGAGAGAACAAGAGACGGAAGAGAAAGCAGAGAAAGAAGAGGAGGGAGGUGAAGACACUGGAGGCGGCUUGUUGCUAUUGACGCCGGAGAAAUCGAUACACAUGCAGAACGCCAUGGGCAGCGACAUCAUCAUGCAGCUGGACGACGUCGUCUCGUCCACAACGCCCGACCCUGCGCGCGUCGAGGACGCAAUGCAACGCUCCCUUCGAUGGCUCGAUCGCUGCAUCGCUGCGCACAGACGCCCCCGCGACCAGGCGCUGUUCGGCAUCGUCCAGGGCGGGCUCGAUCCGCGAACGCGCGAAGUGUCUCUCCGCGAAAUCCAAAAAAGGCCUCUCCCUGGAUUCGCCAUCGGCGGGCUAAGCGGCGGCGAGGCGAAGGACGACUUCUGGAGAAUGGUGGAACUUAGCACGCGUCCGGGAAAAGGCCUUCCGGCGAACAAACCGCGGUACGUGAUGGGCGUCGGAUACCCCCUGGACAUUGUCGUCUGCGUCGCACUCGGCUGCGACAUGUUCGACUGCGUGUAUCCCUGCCGCACGGCCCGCUUCGGUACCGCUCUGGUGCGCGAGCAAGGCGGCAUUCUCCGCGUCAAACAAAAGAAAUACAAACUCGACUUGAGGUCGUUGGAUCCGACCUGCGGGUGCUACGCCUGCCGCAACUACUCGCGAGCCUUCUUCCACGCAUCGUUCGGGAAGAUGCCUGCGGUCUCCCAGUUGCUGACAGUCCACAAUCUCUUCUUCAUGCAGACUCUCUGCCUGGACAUGCAGCGCGCAAUUGCCGCAGGAACGUUCCCCGCUUUCGUUCGCUCCUUCCUUCUUCAGCUGUUUCCGCCCUCGUCGAAACCUGGAGCAGGCCAGGGGCGGCGAGAGGAGAGCGCGGAAGGAGGCGACAGGGAAGAAGGGAAAGCGCGGGAAGAGAGAACAGACGAGCGAACCGACGCUUCCGGACCCGCCAGUGUGGCCGCGGGCGACGGCCGGGGGGCGACCGAGGGUGGAGUCGCAGGGGAGCACGAGAAGCCGGAAGGGAAAGCGCUCGAAGAGAAAAAGAACAAGCGACAGCGACGGCUGAAGGCGGAGGCGAAGAGAAAAGAGAGAGAAAGCAGCGGGGCUGCGCAGGACACCUGUGCCGAGACACACGAGAACGGCGAGCCUGCCGCAAACCUUUCUUCCGCGUGUCCGCCGAUCUGGGUUCGAGACGCCCUGAGAACCGCCGGAAUCGUAAUAGACGACCUCUACACGUUUAGCGAAGACGAACGCAAGAACUAG